UGCGACUUUUGAAGUCCUCACAGUGGCGGGGCGGGUGCGACGCACCGCCUCUCGUCUCCGGCCCGCCUCCCGCGCCCUGCCCGGACCCCCGGGGCCCCGGGGUCGUUUUCGGGAGUUGAGAGGAAGCCACGUCUUCAGUCCUGGAAAGGAUGGAGGAGGCCGGGAUCGACUGCGCAGUAGCUUUCGCCGAGGCCCAGAGAUGGGUGGAGGCAGUAACAGAGAAGAAUUUUGAAACAAAGGAUUUUCGAGCUUCUCUAGAAAAUGGUGUUCUGUUGUGUGAUUUGGUUAAUAAACUUAAACCUGGUGUCAUUAAGAAGAUCAAUAGAUUAUCCACACCAAUAGCAGGUUUGGAUAAUAUAAACGUUUUUUUGAAAGCUUGUGAACAGAUUGGAUUGAAAGAAGCCCAGCUUUUCCAUCCUGGGGAUCUCCAGGAUUUAUCAAACCGAGUCACUGUCAGGCAAGAAGAGACUGAUAGGAGAGUGAAAAAUGUUUUGAUAACGUUGUACUGGCUGGGAAGAAAAGCACAAAGUAAUCCGUACUAUAAUGGACCCUAUCUUAAUUUGAAAGCAUUUGAGAAUCUUCUAGGACAAGCUCUGACUAAGGCUCUAGAAGACUCCAGCUGCCUGAAAAGGAGCGGCAGGGACAGUGGUUACGGGGAUAUCUGGUGUGCUGAACGUGGAGAAUUUCCUACUUCUCCAGGCAACCAUAAGCGAGAAGACUCCUUCGAAAGCUUGGACUCCUUGGGGUCUAGGUCAUUCACAAGCUGCUCUUCUGAUAUCACAUUGAGAGGUGGACGUGAGGGUUGUGAAAGUGACACAGAUUCUGAAUUUACAUCCAAAAUGCAGGAUUAUAAUAAAGAUGAUAUGUCCUAUCGAAGGAUUUCAGCCAUUGAACCCAAAUCUGCUUUACCGUUCAAUCGUUUUUUGCCCAAUAAAAGUAGACAGCCGUCCUAUGUGCCGGCGCCAUUGAGGAAGAAAAAGCCGGACAAAAAUGAGGAUAACAGAAGAAGUUGGGCCAGCCCAGUGUAUCCAGAAGCAGAUGGAACAUUUCCAAGUGGACACGCAGACAGUCCUUUAAUUUCCCAUCAAAUUAGCAGAGCAGAGUGGGAUUUGUCAAAUGCAACUUGCUGUCAGAAGGAAGUGUAUGGUUCUGAAAGUGGUUCGGACUCCGAGGAUGAACGAAGGUUGCCUGAUAUAGUUUUGGAUGACUUAGCCAACCGUAGAUUCCGAGUGAAAAAGAGGCCCGAGUGUUUCACAUCGAAAACCACCUCUCCUAGCUCUUACUCACCAAGGUUUCCUCCUGCUGACACAUUAGCCCCUGGGCCGUACGCACUGACGAGUAACGAGAGGAGAACUUGGGGCAGAAAUGUGGAGAACUGGCCAAGAGCACAAGAAGCUUCAAGGUCCUCUUGUUACUUGGAAGUGGAAGAAGCCAAGACAAGCUUGCCCAACACCAUCAAGGAUGAUCUUUAUGUGCGAAAGCUAAGUCCAGUCAUACCAAACCCAGGGAAUGCUUUUGAUCAGUUUCUUCCCAAGUGUUGGAUCCCAGAAGAUGUGAACUGGAAAAGAAUAAAAAGAGAAACUUACAGACCAUGGUAUAAAGAAUUUCAGGGAUUCAGUCAGUUUUUAUUACUUCAGGCACUCCAAACAUACUCUGAUGACAUCUUAUCUUCUGAAACAAAUAUCAAAAUUGAUCCCACUGCUGGCCCAAGGCUCAUAACACGCAGAAAGAAUCUCUCUUCUGCACCGGGGUAUAAAAGAGAUGACCUUGAGAUGUCAACCCUCGAUCCUGACUUAGAGAAUGAUGAUUUCUUUGUCAGAAAGACUGGAGCUUUCCAUGCAAAUCCAUAUGUUCUCCGGGCUUUUGAAGACUUUAGAAGGUUUUCCGAGCAAGAUGAUCCUGUAGAGCGAGAUAUAAUUCUGCAGUGUAGAGAAGGUGAACUUGUACUUCCAGAUCUAGAAAAAGAUGAUAUGAUUGUUCGCCGAAUUCCAGCACAGAAAAAAGAGGUGCCUCUGUCAGGGGCGCCAGAUAGAUACCAACCGGUCCCUUUCCCCGAACCCUGGACUCUUCCUCCAGAAAUUCAAGCAAAAUUCCUCUGUGUACUUGAAAGGACACGCCCACCCAAAGAAAAAAGGAAGAGCUGUAGAGUAUUAGUGCCUUCCUACAGGCAGAAGAAAGAUGACAUGUUGACUCGCAAGAUCCAGUCUUGGCAACUGGGGACGACUGUGCCUCCUGUCAGUUUCACCCCUGGUCCCUGCAGUGAGGCGGACCUCCAGAAGUGGGAGGCCAUCCGGGAGGCCAGCAGACUUAGGCACAGGAAACGGCUGAUGGUCGAGAGACUCUUUCAAAAGAUUUAUGGUGAGAAUGGGAGUAAGUCCAUGAGUGAUGUCAGCGCGGAGGAUGUUCAAAACUUGCGUCAGCUGCGUUACGAGGAGAUGCAGAAAAUAAAAUCACAAUUAAAAGAACAAGAUCAGAAGUGGCAAGAUGACCUUGCAAAAUGGAAAGAUCGUCGAAAAAGCUACACUUCAGAUCUGCAGAAGAAAAAGGAAGAGAGGGAAGAAAUCGAAAAGCAGGCACUCGAGAAGUCUGAGAGAAGCUCUAAGACGUUUAAGGAAAUGCUACAGGACAGGGAAUCCCGAAAUCAAACGUCCACAGUUACCUUGAGGAGGAGGUUGCAUUCUUUUGAUGACAUAUUGCAUGAAGAGAUGCUUUCCCCUACACGGACCAUGUCAGAAGCAAGUUACCAGAGUGAGAGAGUAGAAGAGGAGGGAACAGCAUAUUCUACAGAAAUUCCUAAACAAGAUGCCACGACUUGUGCAAAAAGAGAAGAUGCUGCGGCCGCUGACGUCCACCUUCCUUCUAAAAGCCCCAUCGAAGAACAACGCCCAGACUCUUUUUCCUCUCAGCCUUCACUGACGACACAAAGAGAGUCGACUCGAGUUUCAGCCUCUCUCCCUAGAAGUUACCAGAAAACCGAUACAGCCAGGUUAACAUCUGUGGUCACAGCGAGACCUUUUGGCUCUCAGGCAAGGGGAAUCUCAUCACUCCCGAGAUCCUACACGAUGGAUGACUCUUGGAAGUAUAACGGACAUGUAGAAGAUGCUAAGAGAACUCAGAACAGUCUGGUCAGCACCUCUGUGCAGAGACCUGACCUAAGCCAGCUCGUUUCUAGCAAGUCCAGCGAGAGAGAGAGAGCCGAGGUGGGAGAAGGUGUGAUGGGGCUGCCGUCCCCCACACCCUCCUACUCAUCCCUUUCCCAGGACCAGGCUGACACUUCCAGAGCCACACUGUCUUCCACAUCUGGCCCUGAUUUAACGUCUGAGUUUGGAGAAGGGGGAAGCUCACCACAGAUGGAGGACUCAAGGUCACAGGAUCAGUUCAGUGAUAUGAGAAUCAGCAUAAACCAGACGCCCGGGAGCGGUCUUGACUUUGGGUUUACAGUAAAAUGGGCAUUGUCUGGGAUCUUCGUUGCAUCAGUCGAAGCAGGUAGCCCAGCAGAAUUUUCCCAGCUACAGGUAGAUGAUGAAAUUAUUGCUAUUAACAACACCAAGUUUUCAUAUAAGGACACAAAAGAGUGGGAGGCAACCAUGGCUAAUGCUAAAGAAACUGGAAACCUAGUAAUGGAUAUCAGGCGCCAUGGAAAGUCUGACUGGGGCAAAGACCAGCCUUCCCUGCCAUUUACACGGCAUAAAACUCUCAAUCUCACCAGUAUGGCUACCAAAAUUAUAGGUUCACCCGAAACAAAGUGGAUUGAUACAACUUCUGGAAUUUACAACUCAGACAAAUCUUCAAGUCUGUCAAUAACAACUGAUUUCUCAGAAAGCCUCCAGCAUUCUAAUACUGAACCCAAGGAAAUGAAUGGAAUUCGUGAUGAAAGUACUACUUUUGAAUCAAAAGCAUCUGAAUCUAUUUCUUUGAAAAACUUAAAAAGGCGAUCACAAUUUUUUGAACAAGGAAGCUCGGAUUCUGUGGUUCCUGAUCUUCCGGUUCCGACCCUCAGUGCCCCGAGCCGCUGGGUGUGGGAUCAGGAGGAGGAGCGGAAGCGGCAGGAGAGGUGGCAGAAGGAGCAGGACCGCCUGCUGCAGGAAAAAUAUCAACGUGAGCAGGAGAAACUCAGGGAAGAGUGGCAAAGGGCUAAGCAGGAAGCUGAGAGAGAGAAUUACAAGUACUUGAAUGAGGAGCGGAUGGUCCUGAGCUCAAACAGCAUGUCUCUGCCCACGCGGGAGCCCGCCGCGGCUGCCUGGGACGCCUCCUGGGGUGAGGGGUCCAAGUCGUCGGACCAGGAAGGAAGCCGAGCAGGGGACGAGGAGACAAGAGAGCCGCCCAAGGACGACGCAGAGGAGGACCAAAGGAAGAAGCUGCAGGAGCGCCUGGCACUUGAGGAAGAGAGGCAACUGAGGGAGCAACAGUGUCAGCAGGAGCAGGAGCAGAGGCGGCGGGAGGCGGCCCAGGAGCAUGCCCGCCCCGCAGAGAUAGAGAGAGAGACGUCAGUCAAGAUAUACCAGUACAGAAGACCUGUUGAUUCCUAUGACAUACCAAAGAGAGAGGAAAAAUCUUCAGGGUUGCUUCCUAGUGACAGGAACAAAUCCAGAUCCACAACUGAGCUGGAUGAUUACCCUACAAAUAAAAAUGGAGGCAAUAAAUAUUUAGACCAAAUUGGGAGCACUAGCUCAUCACAGAGGAGUUCCAAGAAGGAACAAGGCCCAUCGGAAGCAGAGUUAGAGAGACAACAAAUUCUUCAAGAAAUGAGGAAGAGAACAUCUCUUCUCAAUGACAGCAGCUGGAUCCGACAGCGCAGUUCCAGCGUAAAUAAAGAGCCGAUUUGUCUGCCUGGGAUUAUGAGAAGAGGUGAAUCUCUAGAUAACCUGGAUUCCCCAAGAUCCAAUUCUUGGAAACCAUCCCCUUGGCUCAAUCAGUCUUCAGGAGUCCGUGCUUCUUCCUCCGUUCAAGACUUCAGUCGGCCCCCACCUCAGCUGGUGUCCACCUCAAACCGGGCCUACAUGCGCAACCCAUCCUCCAGCAUCCCCCCUCCUUCAGCGGGGUCUGUGAAGACCACCACUUCGCCUUCCCCCACACCACGCAGCCAUUCUCCUUCAACUUCGCAACCGAGCUCCCAGCUACGCAACAGGUCAGUCAGUGGGAAGCGCGUGUGCUCCUACUGUAAUAACAUUCUGGGCAAAGGAGCUGCCAUGAUCAUCGAGUCCCUGGGUCUUUGUUAUCAUUUGCAUUGUUUUAAGUGUGUGGCCUGUUCGUGUGACCUCGGAGGCUCCUCUUCAGGAGCUGAAGUCCGAAUCAGAAACCACCAGCUCUACUGCAACGACUGCUAUCUCAGAUUCAAAUCUGGACGGCCAACCGCCAUGUGAUGUAAGCCUCCAUACGAAAGCACUGUUGCAGAUAGAAGAAGAGGUGUUUGCUGCUGAUGUAGAUCUAUAAAUAUGUGUUGUAUGUCUUUUUUGUUCUUUUUUUUUUUUUUAAAAGGAUAACACUUUUUUUUUUUUUAAUUUUUUGCCUCUUUAGAUUACAUCAGAGCAUUAUAGUCUUGGUAGCACCUGUAUUUUUGUUGUUUAUUUAUAAGAAAGUGAUUUUGUGUGUUGGGGGGACAGAAAGUGCAGGAUUUACUUUUUGAAUUCAACAUCUUAAAAGCACAAGGGAAAAAUAAGAAUGAAAUAUUUUUGACGCUGAUGAUGAUCAGGUUUGACUUUCUAGUGGUGUCUCGAAGAGGGUUAUUUUAUUGUUUUUUUUUAAAGUUCUGAAACAUUAUUUGAAAUAGUUAAUAUAAAUAUAUAAUUGUGAUUGCUCUGUUUAUGUAUACUAAAUAAUGCAGAACCGUAUAGAAAUUUCACUAAAAUCUACCCACAAAUUUGCUUUCUGUGUCCUUCUUUUCAUCUAUGUAAUAUUGUGCUUUUGAAAAAAAAUUUUUUUAGCAUAUGUAACAUUUUAGUUGCUUGGUGAGGGGAUCUCUAUUUUCUUCACCAGAAUGAUCACUAAGCAAUGCCCAAUAGAAAGCUGCUUCUUUUCAUUAAUACAGAAUCAUCAUGGUUUGUAUACCAGAAAUUUUCUCCAGGAACUAGUAAGCCUUUCUGUUCCACUGUGUUUGUAAAUAAACUUGCUGAACCAUUAA